ACAAGAUCAUGUGCCUCGGGGGAAGCAUCUUCUCAAUACAAACCCAGAAUUCCUUUAAAGCUUUAUUAUGGAAAUUCUUCAAUUUUACCCUUUACUAAAACAGCAGGACCAUGCUCAAUUAUUACACUUGUUUGCAGUAGGAAACAGAACGACAACACAAUCUAGAAUAAUAUAUCUUUGGGCUCGUCUACACUUCUGUUUGUCCCUUGACUAGAACACUCAGGUCCGAGCGGGUUUCCCCCUUGCUCUGUUCUUUCCCAGGGAAAACCCACCAUUUUGUGUCAAAUCAGAGCAAAUGUCAAUGCAGAGAAAACCCAAACUGCCAUUUGCUCUAAUUGAGUGCUAAAGAGCAGUUUUCUCCAGGGACAAGCAGCAGGGCAAGAGGAAAUGUGGAUGAGACCUUGGUCAUGUACUCACUUUUAUGCCUUGCUCAACUUAUUGUUGCUUACCCUUUCCACCCAACUUUUUCUUACAUUAUAUUUAACACAGAAUAUUAGAUCUAAUCAUUUUGAAGCAUAUUGGAACAUAACUCUGUAUAACUGAUGACAAAAGUCAGUUACAGAAGUUCAUAUAGUGUCCAAUUCAUGAGAAAAUUGGGGGAGGAAAGUAUGGUCUAUGGAAAAACCCCACCUUCUAUUCUUUUGCACUUUUCCAUGUCAGCUAGCAGCCAUUGUUUCCCUGGUCUACUGCACAUAUAUCUAAGCUCACAUAAUCUGGAGCAUUUGGUGCCAGGAUUAGUGCAUGGGCCAACUUUAGGCUGUAUAUUAUAAGAACUGAGCUCAGUGAUACUACUAUUAGCUGGAUUGCUUAGGGUUAAAAUUUCCUGCUGUGUUAAAUCAUGAUUUUUUUUUGUCUAACUAUUAGCAAGCAAAGAUCAAAGGAAUUCAUGCUGAUCAUAUCUAGUAUUUUAUAAUCCACAUCUUCCUAUCCCCACUUAGCCUUGCAUAUUAAUACAGUACUGCCUGAUAAAACUUUUGUAUGAGUACUAUUUCCCUCCUCACUCCUAACUAGCCUUUAUAGCUUUAUUAAAGUGCAUUUCAGCUUUCUUGGCUGACUCAUUUUACUGCUUUACUUUUACUAAUUUCUUAUCUGUACCGGUAAUAGCGUGCUUCAAUCACUUCACCAUCAAAUAUGUGGAAUGUGUCCUUAAGAAGCCUCAUAGCUGAAAAUAGUUAUUUCUUGAGAUCUUGUCAUUUUGCUAGAGACACUCACAGCAUUAAGGAAAAGGCUCUUCUUUCUGUAAAAUCCCUCUCUUAGCAAAUCUGGAAAGAGAUGGUUCCCUCCACUAGUAUUUAGAAACCCUGGCAAAACCUUGACAUUAGUGAAGCCAAUUAAUAAUUAACUGGAAUGAAUGGCCUGCUUUAAUGGAGUGUGGGCUGAGACUCUGCUUCACAACACACUGCUGUCAGCCAAGCGCAGAGAGGAAGCCACAGGCUUUUAAAGAGGCUUUGGAUGAAGUGAGGAUGGUGCAUGGUUCACUGUACAAAUCUUCUGAGAUCAGAUUUCUUCAUUUAAGUCAAGAGAUGAGUCUGCUGGAAAAGAGUUUCCCCCAUUUGUCCACGAGAAACCACUUAGAAUCUCUUAGACAGUGGCAGCGAUGCUACCGCAGUGAGGUAAGCUGCCCAAUCUGCCUCCAGGCUACUACUUGCCCCGUAGAAACCAACUGUGGACAUUUAUUUUGUGGUUCCUGUCUGAUUGAAUACUGGAAACAUGGACCUUGGCUAGAAGCAAUCAGCUGCCCACUCUGCAGACAGAAAGUCAUUCUUUUGUACAACAUGCCUUGUGAAAAUCAGCCCGACAAGCCGAGCAAACAAAUUGUGUAUGACAUCAGAGAUUACAACAAACGUUUCUCAGGACAGCCUAGGCCUUUCACAGAUUAUCUUUAUGACAUGCCGCUCCUCAUCAACCUGGCCAUACGAGGGAUCUUCACGCUGGGCGGUUUGGUGUGGAUCUUCUUCCUCAGAGUUGUCAUCUGUUGUUUUGGAACCUUCAUGUGCUUGACUUCUUCCUUGGAUCUGAUGCCAGAACCUCUUUGUGGAAUUCUGGGUGUGUUUGAUGACCUAGUUGUUGUUUUCCUACUUUUAAUCUGUAUGAUAAACAUUUGCUCUCAGAUGGAAUCAGAAGGGGCAAACAUGACGAGCUCUACAACGCAAAACAUUUUGUUGGAAUCAUAACGGGCUGAAGCGCCGGCUAUUCAUAAUGGGGAAACCAACCAGACAACGGUGGAUUUUCCUAGUCUCUGGAAGCGACACAGAAUGGCCUUAGCUUUGAAGAAUGCUAAGGGUUGGUGUGCAGCGCUGGAGUUUAUGGAAGAGCAACAGUUGGGUGGAGGCUGUAACGUUAAUCAUGGAUUAACAUUCAACUAUGUCCACAAGCCUCAAGAAGUGCACUGCAGCCAUUCUAAAAUGACAAUUUCGCAUUUGUGGUACUUAAGACUGACUCCUAGAAGGCACAGUGGCCAAGAUCUGAUCCAACUGUUCCACAGCUCAACUGCUCAGAUAUGGCUAGAAAACAUGAAGUACAUAUAAACAUGAAAAUACUGUACCGCAACUCUGAUUAACGUGGAGCCCUCAAAACGACAAAUGAUUUUUUGCACAUCAUUAAAAGACUAUAGAGAGACAAAGAGGAACAGGCAGACUUGUGUGUGCUUGGCGCACACAGGG